UACGUCGCAGAAGAAUGAAAUACGUGAAACACGAGCCGAGCGUGACAUGUUUAUGAACAAAGCGACCAUGGAGAACACGUCUGAACUGAAAUUGUCGUAUUGCUUGAACAGCGUUUUUGACGACGUUAGCAACAUCGGAAAACCAAACCUUCACUGGAGCGACUGCCAAGCGACGGGCUGACCAAACUCACAAAGACUGAAUGUGAUUAUGGCACCAUUCACCAUUUCUUCACAUCAUCCACUGCCGUAUCGGUGCGUCUCACCUCAUGCAGCGCUCAUGAAAUCCAAGAAGAGUCCUGAGCCUUUGUCCGGUUCACCGGGAGCCAACGAAGAUCAGCUUUUCACUCAUUAUCUCAGAACGUCCAUCGUGAAGAUCGGAGUGCGUCUGUGGAGAGUCGUCCGAAGAGUCAUGAACUUCUGUAUGAGUGUGACCGAGCUCCUCGGCUCCAAGAUGUUUUUCAUGUCUGUGGGAAAGAACAUGCCCAUGACUGGCGAGUUGAAGAAGAAGAGGAGCCUGGAGGCCUUGGAGAGGCCUGGGUGUAAAAUCAGAGCUCCAGAGAUGAUGGUGAAGGAUCCAGAGAUGAUGGUGAAGGAUCCAGAGAUGAUGGUGAUGGAUCCAGAGAUGAUGUUGAUGGAUCCAGAGAUGAAGGUGAUGGGUCCAGAGAUGAAGGUGAUGGAUCCAGAGAUGAAGGUCGUUAAGGAGCUCGAUGAUGACGAAUCUUCUGCUGAUGAGCGGGAAUCAUCAGUGAUCGACUCGGACGAAGAGGAAGACGAUGAAGCCAGGCGCUCUGAAUGGGAGUCUGAUGAAGAAACCGAUGAGGAGGAAGACGAGGAGGACCGUGAGCCAGAGGAUGAGGAAUCUGGAUGGUCAGACGAGGAUGACGAAGGCUCUGAGGCGUCGGCGGAGAGUCUGGAGCUUUGGCAGUCGUUUCUCAACAGAGCUGACCCCUACAACCCUCUGAGCUUCUGCUCGUCCAUCAGCUCCAGAACAAACACACAGCAAACUCAACCUCCUCCAGCAACAAGACCAGAAGAGCCGAGACCAGACUCAGAGAAAGGAGGGAAGAAGGUGCGUUUCAGUGACCGGCUGACGGUGCGCCCCCUGGUGGCGUGGAGUUUCGCCAGCCGGGCCUCCAGGGACGGAUCCUGCUGGAUGCAGAUGGCCAGAGACCGAGAGCGCUUCAGAAGACGAGCGGAGAGCGUCGAGACGCUCCUGAAGCCCUGCCUGAGCGCUGCACACCGAGCCGGCGUGUACCAGAGACUUCAGAGACAAACACCCUCUUAAUGCUUCAUCAUCAUCACAAUGGAGCAGCUGGUGUAGUUUUUGGUGCUUUUAGUUUAACUGUGAAAUUUCUAUUGUUACAGUAGCAUGGUGCGCUUUAUAACUACGUGUUUGUAUUUAGAUUUAAUUUUCUGUUUUGCACACGCGUCAUUGUCUUGUACUACGCAACAAAUACUUUGCAUCUUUUAUAUGGCAGCUGAAAAAUAUUAAACCUUUCUGAAAUGUA